AUGGACAGAGAGAAGCCACCGGUUACGGUUACAGAAACGUCACCUUUUCUGACGCUUCCUAAUGAUUUGCUUUUCAACUGCUUAGCCCGCGUCUCAAGAUUGUAUUACCCGAAUCUUUCCCUUGUUUCCAAGAGAUUCCGCUCUCUCCUUGCUUCCCUUGAGCUUUACGAAACCCGAACUCUCUUAGGCUCCACCGAGAGUUGUCUCUAUGUGUCUUUACGCUUCUAUGAUGAAAUCGAACCACGUUGGUUCACUCUCUCCCGUAGACCAACUCAAAUCACUACUAAUCCUAAACCUACUAGAUGGUUCGCUCCAUGCUUUGGACCGUUCCUUACGAACAAGGAUAAAAAAAAGUCAAGUCACAAAAAUCGUUUGGUUUCAGUCCAAACUCGUAAUAAUUCUCCUUUUCUGGAUAACGGUCUAGCCGCAGUUGGAUGUAAUUUCUACCAAGUUAGCGAUUUCUCCACAAGGGUCAUGUUCAUGGACUGUCGGUCUCACACUUGGCACGAGUCUUCUUCGAGUAUGCGGGUGGCACGGUUGAACCCUGAGAGCUUUGCCCUUGAUGGAAAACUUUACAUAUAUGCGGGUCUAAGACAUUUUGCAGUUUACAAGCCCAAGGAAAAUAGAUGGGAUAGGCUAGGACUGGACGAUGUACCUUGGGGUGGUUGGGCUCUUCGUCCUUCUUGCGUGAUAGAUAACGUCUUGUACGGUUAUGGAUUGUCGAGAAAGCUUCUAUGGUACGAUAUGGAGGGAAAAUGUUUAAGAGAUUUAAAGGGUUUGAGAAAACUGCCUAAAUUGCCUAUUCUAGAUUAUAAAGUUAGAUUGUUGAACUAUGGUGGAAAGAUUGCGGUUUGGUGGGAGAAGAACGUGCUUCAAGAGAAGAUGAUUUGGUGUGCUGAGAUUGCUCUCGAAAAGAGAAAUGAACAUGAGAUUUAUGGCAAGAUUGAGUGGUGUGAUGUUGUGCUUACAGUCCCCACAUCAUGUGAUCUUUUAAAUUCAUUUGUUGUUACGGUUUGA